GUUGUCAGUACUGCUCAUAAAUACCCAUCCGUCCACCCUGAGACCCGCCAUUGGACAGCUCUGACAUUUGCUGUGUUGCAUGGACAUAUUCCUGUAGUUCAGUUGUUACUGGAUGCUGGAGCAAAGGUAGAAGGUUCCUUGGAACAUGGAGAGGAAAAUUACUCUGAAACUCCUUUACAGUUGGCAGCAGCUGCUGGAAAUUUUGAGCUGGUCAGUUUGCUGUUGGAGCGAGGAGCUGACCCCAUGAUAGGAACAAUGUACAGGAACGGCAUUUCCAUGACUCCACAAGGUGACAUGAACUCUUUCAGUCAGGCUGCUGCACAUGGACACAGGAAUGUCUUUCGUAAGCUGCUUGCUCAGCCGGAGAAGGAGAAGAGCGAUAUUCUGUCUCUGGAGGAGAUCCUGGCUGAGGGGACAGACUUGCCUGACUCGGCAGCAGCUCCACUCUGUGCCAGCCGCAACAGCAAGGCCAAGCUGAAAGCCCUGAAGGAGGCCAUGUACCACAGCGCCGAGCAUGGCUACGUGGAUGUCACCAUUGACAUACGGAGCAUAGGUGUUCCCUGGACGCUCCACACAUGGCUGGAGUCCUUGCGCACAUCCUUCCAGCAGCACAGGCGACCCCUCAUCCAGUGCUUGCUAAAGGAAUUCAAGUCCAUUCAGGAAGAAGAGUACACAGAGGAGCUUAUCACACAGGGGUUGCCUCUGAUGUUUGAGAUACUGAAGGCCAGCAAGAAUGAAGUGAUCAGCCAGCAGCUCUCUGUCAUUUUCACUCAUUGCUAUGGACCCUACCCGAUUCCAAAGCUGGUGGAAAUUAAGCGUAAGCAGACCUCCCGCCUAGAUCCCCAUUUUCUUAACAAUAAAGAGAUGUCAGAUGUUACAUUUCUGGUGGAAGGAAGACCAUUUUAUGCACAUCGAGUAUUGCUAUUUACUGCAUCACCAAGGUUUAAAGCAUUGCUGUCUAGCAAACCCUCAUCUGAUAGUACUUGCAUUGAGAUCAACUACGUGAAGUACCCCAUCUUUCAGCUGGUUAUGCAGUAUCUGUAUUAUGGAGGUGCAGAGUCACUCCUGAUUAAAAAUAAUGAAAUUAUGGAGCUUCUCUCUGCUGCUAAAUUUUUCCAGCUUGAAGCUUUACAACGACACUGUGAGAUCAUUUGUGCAAAAAGCAUCAAUACAGAAAACUGCGUGGAUAUUUAUAAUCAUGCCAAG